AUAACUACUCUUAUUAAUCAUAAGGAUAAACCGAAGCGUUCAGACAAGACUCUGCAGGCAAUUCAGCGAGUGGGCCAAGCAGUUAACCUGGCAGUUGGAAGAUUUGUUACAGUAGGUGAAGCUAUAGCCAAUGAAAAUCAUGAGUUGAAAGAGGAAAUGAAUGUUGCUUGCAUUGAGGCAAGGAGAGCAGGUGAAACAAUUGCACAGCUUACAGACGUGGCAAGUUUGGAUCAUCCAGAGUCUGAUAGUCACAUAACAAUCUUUACAGACAAAACGGGUGUGGUAAAAGCUGCAAGGUUGUUGCUUUCUUCUGUCACAAAAGUGCUGGUGUUAGCAGACAGAAUUGUUAUUAAACAAAUUAUAACUUCCAGAAACAAGGUUCUUGCAACAAUGGAACAACUAGAAAAAGUCAGUAGUUUCCAGGAGUUUGUACAAAUAUUCAGCCAGUUUGGAAAUGAAAUGGUAGAGUUUGCCCAUUUAACUGGAGAUCGGCAAAAUGAUUUGAAGGAUGAGAAGAAAAAGGCUAGAAUGGCAGCAUCUAGGGCUGUUCUUGAGAAGUGCACCAUGAUGCUCCUGACUGCUUCAAAGACUUGUCUCAGGCAUCCAGACUGUGAAUCUGCUCGUAUAAACAAAGACGGAGUUUUUCACCGGAUGAGAUUAGCUUUGGAACAGGUAAUAGAAAUUGUAACUGACUCUAGAUCUAACGGAGAAAAUGAAAUGGCCCCCGUCAGCAUAUAUUCUGCCAUCAAAGAAUUCAAGAAUAAGGUGGAGGGUCUUCGUGAGAAUCUUUAUUUUCUCUCAAAAGAGAACCUUUCAACAAUGCUGGAGGUUAUCCUGGAACAUACAGAGGACUUCACAGACUCUGCCUAUACCAGUCAUGAGCACAGAGAACACAUUUUGGAGCUCUCUAAACAGGCUAAAAUGGAACUAGAGCAGCUGGUUUCAGUGUGGAUGCAAGCUCAAAACCAGAAGACAAAGGAUCUCAUGGAAGAUUUGGAAGUAGCCAUUUUAAAAACAUGCCAGUGUAUGAAUGAACUUAAAAGAGAG